GUAUAGUGAUAACAGGAAUGUUUCCUUAUAGUUACAAAUGUUCAGUUACAUAAAUUGUCAUGCAGAUCGAGUCAUUAACUGCUAUGGUUUAUGAGUUUAGCGUAAAUCGCCCACACUAAUCACAGGUACGCUUGGGUCAGCACGCCCAUUAAACGCAACCGUUCGUGUACAAUAAAGUCCAAAGAUCGUCAAGCAGGUAACAAAAGCGGCGAACCCGAGGGCUUCACUGUCUAGUUUGUCCAGAUCUGCACUGCGCACCGGCCCGUCUUCCAAAAGCAGAUAUUUUAUACCACUAGUUAAGGUGACAGAAUUUGAAAUGAAGGGCAUUCUGAAGGACAAAACUCACAAGACUCACAGGGUGAGGAUGGAGGGCACGACACAGAGCCACUCCAUCAGCGCCGUGCGCUGGUCCGUUCCCCAGGAGAAACUCCAGGCUCACAGUUCUGCCCCUAUCAGCCUGGUCAAGAGUUCCACCUGCAUGCAGCAUAAUUCCAGGCACCAGGGCCUGAGGAAUCUACGCAGCCUGCAGGAGUGCGUCAAGUUCAUCAACGAGUGGAAGGAGAGGGUGGUGCAAAUCUGCAAGGAGCCUGAUGGAGAGGAGGCGUCGUGCAGCAAGUGGCAGCAGCGCAGCCUGGAGGAGCGCAGCCUGGAGGAGCGCAGCCUGGAGGAGAGCCGCAAGCUCAUUCUGCAGUGGGCGGAGGAGCUGAAGAGCGUGGAUACGCUGUUUGAACAGGCCCAGACUCAGGGAAAUGACAGUGUGGAAAGCACAGAAGACGACAAGAACACCGAUGACCAGGAUCUUGUGGAGCAGAGGAUCAUGGAAUGGGCCAGAGAACUGCAAACUGUGUCAGAGAACUGCGGGGUCCCGGGUGACGAGCUGCCACAGACGCUUCGCCACAUGGGACUGAGGAAGAAGAGGCUUAUGCACCUCCUCCCCCUGCUGGAGUUCAUCACCUGGUCUUUGCUUAAGGAGGACAGCAAGGGCCUCGUCCCCCAGCUGUGGCUGUCGGCCAAGCAGCACACCUGGAAAGCGGGGACUCCGAGAUACAUCCCAAAUUCAGUUUGGGACUGGAUCUGCAGCGCUGAAGAUGACGUGACGCUGGAUCCCAUGAGCAGCCACCCCUGGCUGCUGCUGUCGGACGACCGCAAGCGCGUGCAGGAGGCGCUGUCGGAAGCCAUGCUGCCCCCCAGCAGGCAGCGUUUCGACGGCUGGCCCUGCGUCCUCGGCUGGGAGGGCUUCUCCUCCGGCCGCCACUACUGGGAGGUGGACCUGGCCAACGACGGCUACUGGCGCCUGGGCCUGACCACCGCCUCAGCCCGCAGACAGGGCCGCUUCCCCAUGACCCCGGCCGCCGGCUACUGGGCCCUGUGGCGCAGCACCCACCACUUCUACGCCUGCACCAAGCCAGAGACGCCGCUGCCCAUGGAGCUGGUCCCCCGCAGGGUGGGCGUCUACCUGGACUACGAGGACGGCCAGAUCUCUUUCUUCGAUGCCAAGAACAAGUCACACAUCUACACCUUCACCGGCACCUUCCGCGAGAAGCUCUACCCGCUGUUUGCGCCCCUCGACGGCAGGACGCUGAUCACCAUCUCCUCGCCGAAAUCUGCCGCCGUCCCCUAAGUGCUCAACUGGGAGCAUCCCAGUAAAUCAAGUACAGUAAGCCUCUCUGGCAUCUACACUCAUUGGCCACUUUAUUCAGGGAACCCUACACCUUGUGCUGUGUAGGACUUGCGUCUUCCUUGCGAUGCUUUUCAGCUGAGUGUUCAGCGAAGCCUUUCUGCACACCACUGUUGUACUGAGCUAUUAUUUUUGCUUCUGGGAGUUAUACUUACACAAUAAUGUUCUGAGGGCAGAAUGAAAAAUGAUUGGUUCAGAGCUGAGAGAUAACUAAUCAGAUCCUCCAGUUGCUCCUCUAGUUACCUUCCCUACAAUCUGAUUAGUUAUCUCUCGGCUCUGAACCAAUCAUUUCUCGUUCUGCCCUCAGAACAUUUUUGUGUAAGUAAAACUCCCACAAGCGUUAUUUUUGCACUUAGAUUACAUUAGAUAAACUUCAUCGAACCUAGCGGGAAUUUUUCUUAUGGUCUUCCUGUUACCUUUAACGAGUCUGGCUAUUCUCCUCUGACCUCUCUUAUCAACAAGAUGUUUUCAGCCACAAAACUCUGAAUGACACAAAACUCUGGCCACUGUAGUGUCUAGGGAGACCGGUGGCUGGUUCUGAGAGGCUGAGACCACCAUGUAUGGUAAUUAACAAUCACUCCAUGUUUAAAAGUCCUCAGAUCAUGUCUUAGCUGUUCUGAUUGGCUGCACAGCCACUAAACCUCUUGAAUCAGUCUGUGUGCUAUAUGUAUUCAUUUGUAGCCAUGUGAUUAGCUGUUCAGAGGAAUCUGGAUGUUUGUGUUAACGAGCAGGCGUACGGAAUAAAAUGGCCACUGAAUGUAAGUUCCAUGUCGUCAAAUAAAGUACCGAAGAGAUAAAUAAUAUCAAGCAUAAAAAUUUGCAAUUGAGAAAAAUAUGGAUAAAAGCACAGUUUUGAUACAGCCUUGCACAAAUAUCCCGAAUGUUUAAACCAUAACUUGAGCUUAAUAUAUAUUCCACGUGGUGACGAAAAUUGUCACUCUUUCUGGGUCAAACAUGUAUAGUGUAAAUAACAUGUACAAAAAAAAUCAACUGUUACUUCCUCUUUAGUUGUCUCAGUGCUCUGCAUCAUUCUAUAUGUUAUAUGUUCCUUAUCUUUGUAGUAUGCUAACCCCUAAAUGUUGACAAUCCCGUCUCUGGUGGGAGUAUAAGGACACUGACGAUUGACUGCUACUCAUGACUUCCUCCCAUGGGUCAGCUGGUGAUCACAUUUACCAUGUACUCAGAAUGAAAAUGUUCUGUAUGUUAAUAAAAAGCACUAAUAAAAGUACAUCUGGAACACAGA